AUGGGGCUGCUGAGCAUUUUGCAGAAGAACAAGUACAAGGAUCGAGAAUUGCGCAUCCUGUUUUUAGGACUGGAUAAUGCGGGGAAAACGACCACGCUAAAACAACUGCUGGGAGAACCAUUGGAUACCAUCAGUCCAACCUUCGGGUUUUCCAUACGCACAUUAGUGCGACAUUCAUUCACAUUAAAUAUAUGGGAUGUAGGUGGGCAGCGAACGCUUAGGCCUUAUUGGCGAAACUAUUUUGAAAAGACAGAUGGCGUUGUUUGGGUUGUGGACAGCGGAGACGUCACUCGUAUGCAUGAUUGCCGAAUGGAAUUAUGGAAUUUGCUUGGCGAAGAGCGCCUAGCUAGUGCAAGUAUAUUGAUCCUUGCCAAUAAGCAAGACGUACCAGGAGCACUUGCAUCAGAUGACAUCCGCAAGCUAUUGAAACUAGAUGAUAUUCAGACACAUGCUUGGAGAAUACAGCCUACCAGUGCCUACACUGGAGAAAAUGUCAAUGGAGCUCUCGAUUGGCUCUUGGAAGAUAUACGCGAACGAUUGUACUACUACUAA